AUUCACUGUGACCUCAAACCAUGGCCUACACUCUAGGCUCGACCACUGAGGGGCAGACGCGCAGUGUCGGACCCCAGCACUGUGUCACUCGGGUGGAGCUGUCCGUCACCGCAAACAGCCUGCUGGACCGAGAUGUAGCCUCCAAGUCGGACCCGUUCUGUGUUCUCUUCCAUGAGGUGGAUGGAAACUGGAUGGAGGUGGAGCAAUCAGCGUGGGAUGAAAAUGGCAGAAUGAGGAUAACAGGCUAACAAAGAG